AUGUUUCGUCCAGAAAAUAAAAUAGUCGUUGAAAAUGGCAACGAUACAAUUUUUACAACAUACGUAGCAAUGGAAGAUUUACUGGAUAAAUUAAUGUUAUUGCAUUACGAACCAGAAUUUGUAAAGAAUUUAAAAAUGAAGCCAUUAAAUCGACAUUAUUUCGUAGUGCAAAGAAACCCAGGCGAACAGUUCUUUAUGUUUACCUCACUAUCGGCGUGGUUAAUUAAGAAAUUGGGUCGUUCAUUUGACGAACCUCAAGAGUAUGAUGAUCCUAAUGCUACAAUUGCUAGUAUUUUGGAAGUUAUUCGAGAAAUAGGUGUUGUGGUUGAUUUUCCGCCCAAUAAAUUAAAACAAGGAUUUGGAGAACAAGUUAUAUAUGUUUUGAAUCAGUUAGCUAAUGCUGUCUUACAGAAGAACAACUUUUUAUGGAAUAAGCCCGAAAUAGUCUCUGAACAAGAACCUGAACCAGAAAUCGCUGAAGAUGAUUCCGAAUUAAUCUUAGAUCGUGUGGAAGAAGAAAUGGCAGCGGGAUCGUAUUCAGAACCAUCCGAUGACGAAGCAAUGUUUCGUAUUGAUGAUGUCUCAAAACUCUCCAAUAAAAAAGAUAAAAAUCAAGAAAUUGUAUUAUCAAAUGUUGAUUCAGAAUCAUGGCGAUUAGAAUUAGAACGUAUUUUACCUCAAUUAAAAGUAACCGUACGAACAGAUGGUCGUGAAUGGCGAGCACAUUUAGAACAAAUGAAAAAUCAUCGAGCUGGGAUUGAAGAAGCUCUAACCACAACACAAAGUCAAUUAGAUAAAUUACAAACAGAUAUUUCAAUGAAUUUGGAGAAAAUACAAAAUCGUGAGAAAUAUAUGAAUAGUCAUUUGGAACCAAUUUUGGAGCAGUAUCGGCAAUUAAAAGAUGAAGUAUCAAAAAUUAAUGAUCAUUAUAAAAGUGUUAGUGGAGGAGUUACAGAACGUACACGAGAAUUAACUCAACUUACGGAUCAAUUGGAUACAGUUAAACAGCAAAUGGAAGAACGAGGAGCUUCUAUGACAGAUGGAACACCACUCAUAAAUAUUAAAAAGGCUGUUUCAAAUAUAAAAUCAGAAAUCAAAGAAAUGGACAUUCGUAUCGGAGUUUUACAAAGUAUUUAUUUACAAUCGAAAAUUCGUGAUAAACGUUUACUAGAUCAAAAUUUAAGUAGUCCUCAUAGUAAUAUUAAUUCUUAUGUAAAUUUAGUUAUGUAA